AUGAACUCGGCAUUUUUUCAUUCAUCGCUGAAAGUCAGAAAUCAUGUUAGUCGGAUUGAGGUGAUCAAAGAUUCGGCAGGCAAUCUUUUUGAAGGAGAUAACGUUUAUCAACCGUUUGUUCAGCAUUACGAAAAAUUUUUUGGGUCUCAAGGCGAUAUUUCUCUUACUCCGGCUCCGGAUUUAUUCUCUAAAGUCCUUGCUCCUCAGGUUGCUACUCAUAUGAUUCGACAAGUUACGGCGGAAGAGGUGAAAAGGCCAUGUUUUCUAUUGGUAUCGAUAAAGCGCCUGGUCCUGAUGGGAAACCUUCUUCGGGAAUUGAACCACACGAAUAUUGUGCUCAUUCCGAAAAUUCCUACUCCUUCAGCUGUCAUUGACUACCGUCCAAUUGCGUGCUGUAAUGUGUUAUACAAGUGUAUCAGUAAAAUUGUGGCUGACAGAAUAAAAAAUGCUCUAAAUGACAUCGUAAGCAUUAAUCAAUCAGCGUUUGUUCUUGGACGAAGAAUAUCGGAUAAUAUUAUGCUGACUCAAGAAUUAAUGCAUAAUUAUCAUAGACAUUCGGGCCCUCCAAGAUGUGCCUUUAAAGUUGAUAUCCAGAAAGCUUAUGACACGGUUGACUGGGGUUUUCUAAGAAAUGCUUUGCUUGGAUUUGGGUUUCAUCGGAAGAUGGUUGAGUGGAUUAUGGUGUGUGUCUCGACUGCCUCUUUUUCUAUAUGUGUCAAUGGGACGGUUCAUGGCUUCUUUAUGGGCAAACGAGGGUUACGGCAAGGGGAUCCAAGUUUCAUAAUAAAUGCGAAAAACAGCAGAUUAUCAAUCUUUGUUUUGCCGAUGAUUUGUUCCUGUUUUUUUUUUUUUGGGUAA